AUGACAGAUGCCAAAUCCGCUACACUUAAAGAAUGGCUCAGGGAUGAAUUGAAGGCUGGAAAAAUCCAACCCAGCAAAUCCUCCAUUAGUUCACCCGUCAUGUUUGUUCCAAAGAAGAAUGGUUUGCGCCAAUUGGUUGUAGACUACCAACGCCUCAAUAACCAGACAAAAAAGAACAUCUAUCUGCUACCCCAUCCUGAUGACCUUAUGGCCCAGCUCUGCAGCGCUAAAGUCUUCACUAAGUUGGAUCUACAAUGGGGCUACAACAAUGUCCAGGUCAAGGAAGGCAACAAAUGGAAAACCGCUUUCCAUACCAAAUACAGCCUCUACAAGUUGCUGGUUAUGACAUUUGGCCUAACUAACGCCCCAGCCGCCUUCCAACACUUCAUGAAUGAGCUAUUCAAAGAUCUACUGGAUGAAUGCAUCAUCAUUUAUCUUGAUGACAUCCUAAUCUACUUGAAGGAUGAUGCAACCCACACCCAGCAUGUUCACAAAGUACUGCAAAGGCUGAUGGGAAACCAACUAUUCUGUAAGGCCUCAAAUCUGGAUAAGCUCAAAAUCCAGGCAGUGCAAGAAUGGCCCGCACCAACCAAGGUUAAGGAAGUACAAUCCUUCCUUGGAUUUGCCAAUUUCCUAUGCCGCUUUGUUGCCAAUUUCAGCCAAAUGGCCAGGCUGUUACACAACCUGGUCAAGAAAGACACGCCAUGGAAAUGGGACACUAAGGAACAGGAGGCCUUCCAAAACCUGAAGGAAGCCAUCACCAGUGCCCUGGUACUUUGCCAUGCAGACCCUGCCAAACCUUACUUCUUGGAAACAGAUGCAUCUGGGGCUGCCCUGGGCUCCAUCCUAAGCCAACGCCAGGAAGACAGACGCCUACACCCCUUGGGGUUCUUGUCAGAAUCCUUCAAAGGGGCAGAACAGAAUUACAACACACACAAUAAGGAGCUACUGACAAUCAUCUGCUCCUUUGAACACUGGCGUAUAUUCCUGGAAGGCACAACGCACCCAAUCAUGGUCUUCACGGAUCAUCAAAAUUUGGAAUACUGGAAGGAGUCUAGAACAUUCAAUUGCCGCCACGCACAAUGGCACCUCCUACUAGCUGGAUAUAACUUCCAAAUUGUGUACCACCUGGGCAAACAGUCCAGUAAGCCAGAUGCUCUAUCCUGGAGAUCCAAUCAUGCCAACAUUCCUCCCGCCAAUGAGACCAUGUUACCACACCCGGUAUUUGCCAAUGUUGCCCUGGUAACACCAGAAAAGGAGCUGCAGCGUCAAAUUGAGGCAUCCCUGGACCAAGACAAGUCCCUGGAAGAAAUCCUGCAAUUCCUCCAGAACAAUUCCAAGGCACCCUGUCAUAGACACACUCAAUACCAGGGAAUUUAUUCCCACUUUCUUGAUUUUUAA